UUAUUUGCAUCUUCCAUGCUAAUUUCACAAUUUAUCCUUCAAGUCUUCAACCAUUCGCCUAAAAUUGAGAGACCACGCAAUAAUUUCAUUUUCACCCAUUUUAAUUUAGAUGUAUAAUUUUCUGAGAAUUUGAUUGAUUAGAUUGAUUGAUAAUCGAAUAGAAAAACUAACAGAGGACAAAAACAAAAGGAAAGGAAAGAACAACAGAAAGAAAGGACCCUAAGGGCCUCUAAUCCCAAUUUGAUCGAUCUUUUGCUUAUGAAACCCUGGUACAAUUCCACUUGUAAUGGCAGAGGAGAAUGGCAUUGGCGGAUCCGAGAUAAACGGUAGAUUUGCUUCGAAUGACUCGAUGGAGUUACGGUGGGUGUUCCAAGACGACGACGAUGAGGAUGAUGAUGAUUCAGUGAUGGACGACGACAACGGCAACGACAAUAGUAGACAGCGGCACGGCGGUAGAUUAGAAUCUGACGAGGAAGAUGAAGAGGACACAGGGGAGCAACGGCUGUUUCGAACUGGCCCCCUCAUCGACUCCUUCGAUGUGGAAGCCCUGGAGAUCCCGAGCGCCCAUCGCAACGAUAAUUACUACGAGGAGUUGGGUGUGGGAAGGAGAAUAAUACUUGCUUUUCAAACACUGGGAGUUGUAUUUGGUGAUGUUGGAACCAGUCCUUUGUAUACUUUUGGUGUUAUGUUUACAAAGGCGCCCAUCAAUGGAGAAGAAGAUGUUGUUGGUGCAUUGUCUUUGGUUUUGUACACUUUAAUCUUGAUUCCACUUCUCAAGUAUGUUCUUGUUGUUCUUUGGGCUAAUGACGACGGCGAAGGUGGUACUUUUGCUUUGUACUCUUUGAUUUGUCGACAUGCUAAGGUCAAUCUUCUCCCUAAUCAGCUUCCUUCCGAUGCUCGUAUAUCUAGCUUCAGGCUUAAGGUGCCCUCCCCAGAACUUGAGAGAUCUUUGAAAAUCAAGGAGAGACUUGAGACUUCGGUUACUCUCAAAAGAUUGCUUCUCAUGUUAGUGCUUGCUGGUACCUCUAUGUUGAUUGCUGAUGGGGUUGUUACUCCUGCUAUGUCAGUAAUGUCAGCUGUUGGUGGUCUGAAGGUUGGAGUAGCUGCAAUUGAGCAAGAGCAUGUGGUGAUGAUUUCAGUUGCCUUUCUUAUAAUUUUGUUCAGUGUACAGAAGUUUGGGACCAGUAAAGUUGGACUUGUUGUAGGCCCUGCUUUAUUCUUGUGGUUUUGUUCUCUUGCAGCCAUUGGGAUUUAUAACCUUGUUAAAUAUGAUAGCAGUGUCUUAAGGGCAUUUAAUCCCUUUCAUAUUUAUUACUUCUUCAAGCGGAACUCAACUAAGGCCUGGCGUGCACUUGGAGGCUGCUUGCUAUGUGCAACAGGAUCUGAGGCAAUGUUUGCAGAUCUGUGCUACUUUUCUGUGAGAUCUGUGCAGCUUACCUUUGUAUUUCUUGUUUUGCCAUGCCUUUUGUUGGGUUAUUUGGGCCAAGCUGCAUACCUUGUGGAACAUCACACUGAAAAUAUGGCUGAGCUAGCUUUCUUUUCUUCGGUUCCAAGUGGUGUUUUCUGGCCUGUGUUCCUCAUUGCUAACUUAGCUGCAUUAAUUGCUAGUCGGACUAUGACUACUGCUACGUUUUCGUGUAUAAAACAAUCAACAGCACUUGGUUGCUUCCCCCGUCUUAAAAUCAUUCAUACCUCUCGGAAAUUCAUGGGUCAGAUUUAUAUUCCUGUCAUAAACUGGUUUUUGCUGGUAGUUUGCCUGGUGUUUGUCUGCUCUAUCUCAAGCAUCACUGAGAUGGGAAAUGCAUAUGGAAUUGCUGAGCUGGGGGUGAUGAUGAUGACAAUGAUUUUAGUAACUAUUGUUAUGCUUCUUAUAUGGCAGAUAAACAUCAUUAUUGUCCUGAGUUUUUUGGUUAUUUUCCUUGGAAUAGAGUUGGCCUUUUUCUCAUCAGUUCUAGGGGGCAUGGGAGAUGGAAGUUGGAUAAUACUGGUUUUUGCUGUAGUUAUGUUUCUUAUAAUGUUAGUCUGGAACUAUGGGAGCAAGCUCAAGUAUGAAACUGAAGUUAAGCAAAAGCUUUCCAUGGAUUUGAUGCGUGAAUUGGGACCCAAUCUUGGAACAAUCAGAGCCCCGGGCAUUGGUUUGCUUUAUAAUGAACUGGUGAAAGGAAUACCUGCAAUUUUUGGCCAUUUUCUUACUACGCUCCCAGCUAUCCAUUCAAUGAUUAUAUUUGUGAGUGUAAAGUAUGUUCCAGUUCCAGUAGUGCCUCAGGGUGAAAGAUUCCUUUUCCGACGAGUCUGCCCAAAAGGCUACCACAUAUUCCGUUGUAUUGCGAGGUAUGGCUACAAGGAUGCUCGGAAAGAGAAUCAGCAGGCAUUUGAACAGCUGUUAAUUGAGAGCCUUGAGAAGUUCAUUCGUCGGGAAGCCCAGGAACGUUUGUUAGAGAGUGAUGGGGAUGAUGAUACAGACUAUGAGGAUGACUCCUCUAGUACAAGAGUCUUAAUAGCUCCCAAUGGAAGUGUCUACUCACUUGGUGUGCCCCUACUAGCCGAGUACAUCAACACAAGCAAGCCCAUUUCUGAAGCAAGCACAUCUGAGGCGGCAAAGCCAGGGAUGCCUGGAGACCCUACAGGUUCUGAUGCAGAACAGAGUCUUGAAAGGGAAUUGUCUUUUGUUCGCAAGGCUAAAGAAUCUGGGGUUGUAUAUCUUCUUGGGCAUGGAAACAUUAGGGCAAGGAAGGAUUCCUGGUUUAUCAAGAAGCUGGUCGUAAACUACUUCUAUGCUUUUCUGAGAAAGAACUGUAGAAGAGGGAUUGCAAAUAUGAGUGUACCCCACUCACAUCUCAUGCAGGUUGGCAUGACUUACAUGGUUUGACAAUUGAUCUUGAUACAAGCUUUAGCCAAGCCUUGAUCUGGUACGUUAGGAACCAAAGAAAGAAACAAGCUCCCGAGGAAACUAGCACCAGCAGCAUCACCACACAAAGCAUGCUGAACCAGCUGCAAUGGAGGCCACGACCAGAACAUGCAUAAUGGAAUUUCAUGUUAAGUGGAUCUUGUAAUGAUGUGAUUAAGAAUCGUAGUGUCGACACAGUUGUUGAGACUCAAGGUGUAUUGUCUCUUUCUUGAGCAAAAAGUACUGGAUCUUUGAAUGGAUGGAGACCCUACAAAUAUUGUGCAUGAUGGUCAGAAGUUUGAGAAUAAGUCCACUUCUAUCACUGAGGUUCACAAACUUGUAGAUAUUUCAGGUUGGCCUGGCAUGUUGGAAGUACCAAGGUUAGCUUCUCCAGUUCUAGAGCCAGAUUCUUCCAUUGGCAGAAUGCAGAAUAUUGAUAUACCUGCUACCUUAACUUCAAGUGUUGAUGGAAACGAGUCCAUAUUCGAGGAAGAAGAAUGCAUUUUGGAUUUAGGAACUUCAAGUUGUGAAGAGAAAGAACCUAUGUAUGAAGGUGAGCCAAUUAUAUUUGAACAAGCUGAUAAAACUGUGAAGUCCAAGGACAAAAUCACUCCAUGACAAGGGAAACUGGCAAGGAACAUUUUGAAGAACAAUGCUAGUCAGUUGAUCUUUCCUGACCUAUUUUGCUUACAAGAUGGGCUUAAAGAGCGUGAGCUGAGGGUCUUCAUUAUGGACAAUGGCGAGGAGCUUAUUCCUGGGUACCUAGAAUUUAUCAAGGAGAUAGUUCAUUAUGUUGGGUAUAAGCCUUGUCUGUAUUUUGCUAGAGGGUUUUGCAAGAACGAAGAAAGUUGCAGGUUUUCUCAUGGUGUUGAAAAUAUGGUUGAGGUUAAUGGUGGUGGUGUUCUUGUGAGUAAAAUAGAGGAACUUUAUUUGCAGCAACAAAACAAAACGAGAGAUUGGGGACAACAGCAACUACGAUGGGCGACGGAUUUUGCAAUUUUGGUCGGCUCCGUUGUGGGAGGAAUUACUUUUUUGCAAUGAGAAUUUCUGAAAAGGAAAAUUUGGCAUCCACAGAUAUAAUUGAUGAAGAUGAUUCGGAUUAUUUCAGUUCCUUCGGACCAGUUUAAGAUGUCAGGAUGAAAGUAUUUGAGUGGAGAAAGAAAGUAAGAAGAGGGUUAAAGACAGCAAGAGAUUGUCUGCUGUUUUAUUAAAAUUAAGGGAAUUGAUUACUUACUUACUAAUUGAAGGCAACCCUUACAAAUAUAUAUAGUGAAUCAAAUAAACUAAUUUAUAGCACUAAAUCAUGUUAUGAUCAACUAACAGAGUUGAAGAUUAGGAUGGUCAUUUAUUUUUGUUAUAACUAAAAAAUUUACAUAAUAAAAUCUUGAUAGCUCUAAAGCAAUUUUCAAUA